AUGGGGACUACAGGACAGUCAAUUACAUUAGCUAAUAGUAUUAUUGGAGUCGGCAUUCUUGCAAUGCCUUUCUGUUUUCAACAAUGUGGAGUAUUGCUUGCUACGGUAAUUCUUCUGUUGAUGGGAUUUGUAUCUAGAUUGUGCUGUUAUUUCUUACUAAAAUCUGCUAUAAUAACCCGAAGAAGAACAUUUGAAUUUUUAGCAUUCCAUGUAUUUGGGUCAGCAGGCAAGCUGGCUGUGGAACUUGGUAUCAUAGGGUUUUUAAUGGGCACUUGCAUAGCUUACUUUGUGGUUGUCGGAGACCUUGGGCCACAGAUUAUAGCUAAGAUGCUAAAUAUUAAUCAGAGUGAUAUUUUAAGGACAUCUAUUAUGGUGAUAGUGUCGCUGGUGUGUGUGUUACCACUCGGUCUGUUGAGAAAUGUAGACAGCCUGAGCAACGUCAGUGCGGCUACAAUAUGCUUCUAUUUCUGCUUAGUUAUUAAAGUAAUCCUAGAAGCUACAUCUCAAUUGCUAACUGCCGACUGGCAUAUACGGAUUGAGACAUGGAAACCUUCGGGAGUUUUGCAAUGUGUUCCCAUAUUCUCCAUGGCUCUUUUUUGUCAAACACAACUAUUUGAAAUCUUCGAAUCGUUGCCGUCUCUUUCGCUCGAGAAGAUGAACCUCGUAACCAAGAAUGCGAUCAACAUUUGCACGGCGGUCUAUUUCACUUUGGGUUUCUUCGGCUACGUCGCGUUCAGCUCGCAGAAAAUAUCAGGAAACAUUCUGAUGAGCUUAAGCCCGACCUUCGCCAGUGACGUCAUCAAGCUGGGCUUCGUUAUGUCAUUGGCGUUCAGUUUCCCGCUCAUUAUAUUCCCUUGCAGGGCCAGCCUCUACUCAUUCCUGUAUAAAAAGGUACACCCGGCUCACCAUGACCACAUAAUUAACCAUUCUAUUCCUGCGACCACUUUCCGCUGCAUUACAGUGGCCAUCAUCGCAGUCGCGCUCUUUAUAAGCCUUUUGUUGCCCAACAUUGAGCUAGUGUUGGGUCUAGUGGGCUCCACUAUUGGGGUGUUGAUAUGCAUUGUUUUUCCCACGACUAUCUUCAUCAAUGUUACCUUCAAGAAUACUAACGAGAGGAUAUUAGCGAAGGUGGUAUUAGUACUUGGGCUAAUUAUUCUCGUACUCGGCACUUACGCCAAUUUGCAAGCGGCCGAGAGCAAAUACGACGACAAGUAUAUCACGCAGGAGCGUAUCGACAAAAUGGUUGAGGACUUCUUCGAGAAACUGGACAAAAAUGAAGGUGUUCUGCAGAAAGCUGACAACAAUGAUCCUGUCCCAAAUAGUAUUGAACAUAAAGAAGCUAACGAAGUACUGAAAGAUUCUGAAGUGCAACCUCCCAACCCAGUACCGCCAGAAUCUCACUCCAACGAAAAAGGACCCGUUGCCGUUGUUCAAGCUGAUUCGAAAGAUGAUAUAAAAGAUAGCACGAAAGUACAUGAAACGCAUCCGAAAGAUUUAAAAAUGAAAUUAGAAGAAACUAAAUUAACAAAUGGUAAUAACAAACCAGAGCCUAGUAACAUAGAAAAACCUAAGGAAGAGAGCGUGAAACUUGAUCCUAACCAGGAAAAGAUAGAUAUACUAAAACAACAAAAGCUAAUGGAGACCAUCAAACAACACGGAGAAGAACAAAAAGAACUUAUUAAAGAACAAAAAGAAAUAUUACAUGAAAUUUUGAAGACUAAGAAAGAGUUGGAAAAAGAUAAAAAAGAAAUAGAUGACAACGAAGCGAAGAAAAUUGCUGUAGAAAGUAUACAAAAGAUCGCAAAUAUGGCGAUACAAAGUCUAUCAGGAGUUACUGAUAAACCAGUGCCAGAAGCCUUUGACAAAAAAGUAGAGCCUUUACAAAAGAUAGCUAAUGAUGCAGUUCAAGAAAUAGCCAAAAAAGCCGCGGAAACAUUAGAAGCUAUAGGGGAAAUAAAGGAACCUAUGGAAAACUUAUUGAAAAAAGAUGGUGAAACUAAAGACAAUAAAAAUGUUGUAGACAAUAAAGAGAACGUAAUACCUGUUAAUGCUCCACGCGAUGUUAAACCUCAUUUUAGUACCGUAAGUGUUUUACCUAAAGUUAUCACUGGCAACAAGAAAGAAAAAAAUACAGCUCCAGUUGAAUCAUUAAACGAAAAUAAAAUUAAAGAAAAAAAAUUGAUCACCAUAAAUCAAGGUUCUGCGCAGUUGAAUGAAAAUUCAAAAAAUGAUGUAGGCGAAAAACAUUUGGAAAAUGUAAUGAAUGAGUUAAAUAAACAAAUAGAAGUCGCCAAAGAACAAUUGAAUACUAACAAAGCACAUUCUCAUUCAUUUGAUGAACCUCAGUCUUAUAAGCAAGGCGAGGAUUUGGUUAAAAGAAAUGUACAAAAUCUUGUAAACGAUGGAAUAGCUCAAAAUGUACCUUUACCAAUAGCACUAAAGGGUAGUUUUCAGACAAGCGACGAAAAGCAAUCACAAAUUAAAAAUGAUCAAAUUAAAAUAGAAUCUGAUAAAAAUAAUAAAGCUGUUGAUAAAGAUAAUGUCAGUCCAGUAAAUAAUGUGAUAAAUACAAAUGGUGCUAUUAAAAAUAAUGAAGUCAAAAGUAUCGAAAAUAAUUACAUUCCCCCAAAAGUUGAAAGUGUAGUUCCUAUAAGGCAGAAAAGAGAAGUGGUUGAUUGUACAGAGAAGACAGUAUUGAAAUCCGAAGACAAGCAAAUUUGUGAAAAUUUAAUUGACAGUCGCAACACUAUUCCGUCCGAAGUUAAGUUAGAAAUAGGUUUACCAAUGAAAUUUCCAGUUUAUUCCAACAUUAUACAUCAAAGAUCUCUCAAGAGUUACAAUGAAGAUGACAGACGUAGAUAA